AUGCCCUCCAAACCAUCCACCCCACCGCCCGCUCUCGGGACCCUCAUCGACAACGGCGCCCUCGAGCUCGUCGAGAUCCUCGGCUACGGCGGCUACGGCGUCGUCUACCGUGCCGUCUCCACCGCCCCCAGCUCAAGAUACGGCGGCAAACAGGAGCAGUUCGCAGUGAAGUGCCUCGUCCAUUCCCAAUCACCACGCCACCGCCAGCUGCACAUCCGCGAGAUCACCCUGCACCGACUGGCGUCCGCGCACAAGAACGUCGUCACCCUCCACCGGGUGAUCGAGGACUCCGAAUACACCUACAUCAUCAUGGACUACUGCCCCGACGGCGACCUCUUCGCCCAGAUCCUUCAUCAACGCAGGUAUCUCGGCUACGACGCCCUCAUCAAGCACGUCUUCUUGCAGCUCCUUGACGCCGUUGAGCACUGCCAUUCACUCGGCAUCUACCACCGCGAUCUGAAGCCGGAGAACAUUCUGUGCUACGAUGACGGUUUACGGAUCGGCAUCACCGAUUUCGGCCUCGCCACGACCGACAAAACGAGCCAGGAGUUCCGAACUGGCAGUAUUUACCAUAUGAGUCCCGAAUGCCAAGGUGGCCGUUUUGCGCCGACCGGUACUUAUUCGCCGCUAUUUAACGACAUCUGGUCGCUGGGCAUCAUCCUGCUCAACCUCGCCACCGGCCGCAACCCAUGGAAAUCCGCUUCCCUCUCGGACCCCACAUUCCACGCGUACCUCCAGAGCCCCCACAACUUCCUCCCGACUGUCCUGCCCAUUUCCGAUGAGCUCAACGACGUCCUCAUCCGCACGCUCGAGGUCGAUUGGCGCAAGAGGAUAACCCUCCGCGAACUGCGUCGACAGAUCCGUCUGAUUGACAGCUUCUACAGCGAAGACGCUAUCUUCGAGGGCAGCAUGGCGCGGUGUCCGUGGGAGGCGGGCGUGGACCUUGAUAGCGAGUCGGAGGAAUCGGAUAUCCAGCCCGCGGACCCUCCGGUGCAGAAGGAGCCCGAGCACGCGCGCAAGCCAGAGCUCAAGAUCAACGUCGAGGUGGCGAAGCCGGCAGAGUCGGAGCCGCCGAUCCAGGUCGUGCAGGAGAAGCCGGUCACUCCGGCCGAGGUUCAGUCUUCUUGGAGUAGGGGCUCGGAUUCCGACAUGGUCUUCGCGGUCAAUUCGGCUGUCGAGUCCGAUACCACAUCGUGGGCCUCCGUGGGUCAUCCCACGGAAGAGGGCGAGAUCGUCCAGCAGCAGCAAGUACAAGUCAGCGACUGGACCGACUACUCGCCCUCGCACACAUCAUGGGAGGAGGCGCACGUACGGUCAUGUGCGCCGUCGCCUUCCUCUUCGAAGGCCGCGCGCUGCGGCGAGGCGCAGUGGUCGACAUCUCCUACCCACACCAUCUCGCAAAGGCGCUCGCCAACCUCGACCGUGCCCACCAUCGUCAAAGCGGACAGCAAUCCUUGGUCCUCGACGCCGUCAACAACGUACGACUCGUCGGCAUCCGAAUCGUCGGAGUCGUCGCCGGAGUCCAUCGCGUCCCUCCCUGUCACGCCUCGCGCGACGGACGCAAUGUCCGACUCGUCGUCCAUGAACUCCCUCCUCAUCCCUCCUUCGAGCCGCCGCCUCACCAUCGACACCGCCAUCAUCCAACCCGCGUAUUACGGCGACGACGAGGGCAACUAUUCGCCUGAGUCAUCUCUGAUGCAUACUGCCGUCGAGAGCUUGAUUCGCUCUCCCUGGGCGUCCGGAAUGGGCCCCUGGACUGGAGCUGAGUCGUUCUAUGUCGGCAGCGAGGCCUCCGGGCCUAUCGCAGAAGGGAAGACACCGGUUGACUUGUUUGCCCCUCGCGGGGACUCCGCGCUGGACAUCGCCAUGCUCGACUCCGAGUCAGAGUCGGAUUCCGAUUUCGACGCCGACGACGAGGACGCCGAGCCUCGCAGCGCGACCAUCGCCUCCAUCCGAUCAAUGUCGGGCUCGGAUGCGAGCUCAGUUCCGCGCUCGGCCAUCACCCUCGACCUUGCGGAAGCGACAAUCACUGAUGUCGAAGACACGCUGACUGCUGCCUCGCCUAUGGUUAUCUCACCGCGGUUUGAUCAAGCUGCCGGCUCCCAGCAGCUGCUGGCGCUCCUGUCCACCCCUGCUGUCGAGCCUAGCAAGCCCUCGUCCUCCACCAGCAUCAUCGUCGACGAGGUCGCUCGCUCACCACAAUCAGGCAAGCACCGACCUGAAAGCAAGCGUCGCGGCUCCGGGCGGUUCAAUCCGAUACGCAUGGCUCUCCGCUCCCUUUCUCCUCAUUCGCGUUCGCGCAACUCCCGUUCCUCUUCCCGUUCAUCCUCCACCCCCCGCAACGACACCUUGAAGCCGGGUGCCAGCACCGAGUUCGCCUGGACGAGCCUGACGCUGAUGACCGCCCACGCACCCUCCCCACCCGACUCUUCGGUGGUGAAGCAAGUCUUCCCCCAACACGAGCGUGGUCGCCGUCCGCUGCGCAGACGGCACAACUGGUUCGGGAGCGGCAAACUGUUCGCUGCAGGGGCUUCGUGA